GCGAGCAGCUGCGCGAUGAUGAUAAUUAUGGGCCGCGAAAAGGGCAUGCAAAUAAUACAGUGAUACGAAAAUAAUUAUGCAUGCAAUACAGUGUGGCGCAAUAAUACUCUCCAAUCCCGAGACCGUGAUCUUGUACAAUUCGUUCGACACGGACGAUGCGCGCUGCGUGUGUACACCCUCGUCGAAUGCGAGCAACCGCGCGCAGAAGAGCUCUAGAAACAGCGAUUGCGCGAGCCACUGCACCUGCCGCCUAUCAUCGAGCCACCGCCAUUCGCCAACGGCCAAGUGCUGGGCGCAGGUGCAUGUGAGUCGCGUUGGCAGCCCCCAACGGCCUCCAUCCACCCUCCCAAACGCCCCUCGGGAAUGCCGAGCAGCGCCGCGAUACGCGUGGAGGGCGGCGCGAUGCGCGUGGAGGGCGGCGACCGCGGCCUUCCCGACACGAAGCGCUUCCUGGCGCUGCUGGAGACGCUGCGAGCCGGCGUCCCCCCGCCCACCGACGCCACGGCGUGUGACUACAGCGAGCGCCACGAGCUGUCGCUGGCAGCCGCGCUCUUUGAUUGGUCGCAGCCGCUGCUGGUAACCAGAGCGCCGGGCCGCCUGGAUGUUAUGGGCGGCAUCGCCGACUACUCGGGCUCACUCGUGCUCCAGAUGCCCAUAGCAGAGGCAUGCCACGUCGCCAUUCAAAUCACCCGUGCACCACCGCCUCACCACCCUCUCUCUCCCCCCUCCUCCUCCGCCCCCUCUCCCUCCCCCCCCUCGCUCCGCAUCGUCUCCCUCUCUGCGUCGGCCAAUCACCGCCUUCCCUCCGUCUCCCUGCCCCUCGCGCGCCUCCUCCCCGGCCUCCACGCCUCUCCCCCCAUGUCGCCCACCCGCGCCUCCCCCUGCGCCAUUGACUACGAAGCCGCUCACGUGCUGCUGGCAGGGGGAGCAGCGGGGAGAGGGGGGCGGGAAGGGGCAGUGGCCGAGCGGUCACGAGAGCCACGGGGGCAAGGGGGAGGGGAGGGCGCAGGGAACGAUGCGAGAGAGGGGGGAGGGGAGCAGGGGCCAGAAGGCGGGAUGGGGGAUGCGCGGUGGGCGGCGUAUGUGGCGGGGGCGCUGGUGGUGCUGGCGAGGGAGAGAGAGGCGGAGCUGAGGCAGGCGUGGAUGGGGGGAGGGCGAGAGGAGGGCAGCGUGGCGGGGGUGGCAAUGCUGGUGGCGUCAGCGGUGCCCGAGGGCGUGGGCGUGGCGUCGUCAGCGGCGGUGGAGGUGGCGGCCAUGAUGGCGCUCGUCAACGCGCUCCGCUUGAGCAUCAACCCCUGGGAUGUCGCCAGGAUGUGCCAGAUUGUGGAGAACAGCGUGGUGGGCGCGCCGUGCGGCAUCAUGGACCAGAUGGCUGCAGCCCUCGCGCGCCCCGCCUCGCUGCUCGCGCUGCUGUGCCGCCCCGCGCGCAUGCAGGGCUGCCUGCCGCUGGCCGCGCACGUGGCGCUUUGGGGCAUCGACUCGGGGGCGCGGCACUGCGUGGGGGGCGUGGGGUACGGCGCGGUGAGGGCGGCGGCUUUCAUGGGGCUCACGCUUGUCAACGCGGGGCGGGAGGCGAGCAGCAAGGACGUCGAUGGAGUGAUCCCCGCUGCACCGCCUCGUCAUGCCGCAUCCAGCGCCACUAGCAAGCUCUCCUGCCUAUGCGAGCUGGACCCGCAUAGCCUGCCUGGCGUGGAGCCUCUGCUGCCGCCCGCCAUGCUCGGUGCGGCCUUCCUCGCCCGCCACUCGUCACACGGUGACCGUGCCACCGCCAUCUCGCCCGCGCUGCCGUACCCUGUGCUCGCUGCCACCCGCCACCCCGUGCAUGAGCACUUCCGCGUGCGCUGCUUCCGCGCUCUGCUGGGGGGGGAUAGCCAUGCGAGCUACACGGCGUGCGGGCUGGGGUCGGCUCCCACCGACCUCAUAAUUGACCUCGUGAAGACACACAUGGGGCCGCAGGGGCCGCUGUGGGGCGCCAAGAUCACGGGGGGUGGCAGUGGCGGCACCGUGUGUGUGCUGGGGGACAGCACGCCUGCCGCCCAGGCCGCUGUGGAGGACGUGUGUGCGCGCUUUGCCACGGCCACGGGCCAUCGCCCGCACCUCUUCCACGGCUCCUCGCCCGGCGCUGCUCACUUUGACCACCUCGUCGUGCGCCCGCCUUGAAGCCGUUGCUCACACAGCGUGGACUGCCUUUUUUAUCUGUGACUUCUGCUACGGCACUGGGGAACACGAAUGUUAGGGCAAACUCCUAUGAACAGGGAUCCGGAUCAGACUCAUGCAGGACUGUCCGGUGCAAUGGAAGGUUGGAAUUGCGCUUCAGAGGGGUUCAAUCCAGGCCCUCAGAUUCGUUUUAGGCCACGCUGAUUGAUCAGUGUCAAUCUCAAAAAACACCCUGAAAAUCAGUUUUUGGCAGUGGUUUUCUUACUGGAUGGCCCUGGUUCUUUCACUUUCAAG